GAACCUGCUGCUCCCGGACGGGGUGCCCCCGGAGCGGCAGUGGGCACGCUUCUACGUCAAGGUGUACCGGGCCGAGGGGCUGCCCAGGAUGAACACCAGCAUCAUGGCCAACGUCAAGAAGGCCCUCAUCGGGGAGAACAAGGACCUGGUGGACCCCUACGUGCAGGUGGUGUUUGCGGGGCAGAAGGGCAAGACCUCCAUCCAGAAGAGCAGCUACGAGCCCCUGUGGAACGAGCAGAUCGUGUUCACCGAGAUGUUCCCCCCCCUGUGCAAGAGGAUCAAGGUCCAGAUCCGGGACUCGGACAAGGUCAACGACGUGGCCAUCGGGACCCACUUCAUCGACCUGAGGAAGAUCUCCAACGAAGGGGACAAGGGCUUCCUGCCCACCUUCGGCCCCGCCUGGGUGAACAUGUACGGCUCCACCCGCAACUACACCCUGAUGGACGAGCACCAGGAGCUCAACGAGGGGCUGGGGGAAGGCGUCUCCUUCCGCGCCCGGCUGCUCCUGGCGCUCGCCGUGGAGAUCCUGGACACCACCAACCCCGAGAUCAACGGCUCCACAGAGGUGCAGGUGGAACAGGCCACGGCCGUGGCCGAGAACUGCACCGGGAGGAUGGAGGAAUUCUUCCUCUUCGGGGCCUUCCUGGAGGCCACCAUGAUCGACAGGAGGGUCGGGGACAAACCCAUCAGCUUCGAGGUCACCAUAGGUAACUAUGGCAACCAGGUGGAUGGAGUGGACAAGCCCACGCUGCCGAGGAGGAGGAGGAAGGAGGGAGGGGACGAGGAGGAGUCGGAGCUGCUGCAGAAUUCCAGCGAGGAGGAGGGGGAGGAGGACGGAGAACUGGUCUCAGUCUCCUCCUCCCCACCCAUGAAGCCCCUGGUCACCGACAGGAAUUACUUCCACCUGCCCUACCUGGAGCGCAAGCCCUGCGUGUACAUCAGGAGCUGGUGGCAGGACCAGCGGCGCCGCCUCUACAACUCCAACAUCAUGGACAAGAUCGCAGACAAGCUG